ACACACAGCUGAGCCAAAGAGACACAGACAGCUAUGCAGGGAGAGCUGUCGGGAGGAGGGCUAGGAGAGGGACAGAAGGCGUGCGGAGUGACGGUAGCAUGGUGGAGUGCUGGACUUUGGCACCGGCCGUCCAUCUGUCACUUUCUUCCACCCUCUCUGUGGUACUGACGGGUCGCGGCGACGGCAGCCAGUCACGGAUGACUAACCUUCUGCGGGUAAUGAAUGAGACACCUCCCUCGGAAUGCCAAAAACGGCGCUGGUCGUAAGGGAGGUCUGGAUAUGAAUGGGACGCAAUGUUUUAUGUAAUGUCUGUGGCAACCAGAUACAUUGACCACUUUCUUGUGGGGUGAUUCACAAGGAAGGAAGGGCAUAUAACUCGAUUUAGCAAAUAUUAGAUUUUCAGGGGUUUAAUGAUGGGAACAUGUCAUGAGCAGGUGGAACAGAAGAUAAGGACACUUUCAUUAUGAAAGACGACGACGACGCGCUGCCUGUUCCGUUUGACUGUCUGUCUCCAGUCAAUCCGUCUUGACUCUGUGCGCUGAGUAGCUCAGACGUGUCUUGUCUUCACCUCAUAAUGCGCAGGCGUGAUCCUAUCAGAGCCCCGAAAAAAAAGAAAGAAGCUGUAACCAUCCAGAACUACACGUCGUGUGCGUUGUUCCUCGUGUGGCGGCCGAACGAAAGCUGAAAGAUCCAUUUUGCAGCUCGACUUAAGAGACAAUAGGGUAAUGAAGAUCUCCUUUCCCGUUAAACCUUCGGGACAACAGAGUCCAACCUGUGGAUAGUGUGGAGCGCGCCUGUCCAGCCUGCGCUAUCUGGGACGCUCUGCUUUCCCUAAAGCUUGCCGCACGCGUCUGUUUUUUUUUUCUUCUUUCCAUUUCUUCCACCGUUGACGGCUCUGCGUGGGAUCUGCUGUUCGACCUGAGUCUCGUGCAGGUAUUCAGUUUAUGAAUGGCACUAACAUGGAGGAAAUACCGUUUCAGAAAGUCAAAACCAGGCGGAAAAGAAGUCAUUGUCCACCGGGUGUCCCCCUGACCACCAUCGCCUGCGAGGACGAGUUUGACUGCAAGGAGCUGGAGUCUCUCUUCCAGAACUACAACCUGAAACUGGAGCAGACGUCCACGCUCAAAGCCCUGGCGGUCCUCAUCUUCACAUCCGCGACGCUGGCCGUAGUGGAGCUGCUGUCCGGCCCGAGCCUCACCAUCUGCAAGGUGUCCCACCCGGUCCACUGUGUCAUCUUCCUCUCCCUCUUCAUAGUAACUAACGUCAAGUACCUGCAAGUGACUCAGCUCCAGCAGAUUGUUAACCUGACACUUCUAUUCAGCUUCACCUUUUCCUUCCUCUGUUGCCCAUUCUCCCUGGGCGCGAUGGGACGGGAGCCCCCGACGUCCCCCGAGGAGGGCGUGUGGCAACUCAUCUUGGUCUCCUUCGUUGCCUAUGCGCUCCUACCUGCGAGGACGCUCCUAGUUGUUGUGUUUGGAGUGAUGGUGUCUAUCUCCCAUCUGAUUGUGACUGCCACUUCUGUCACAGUGAAAACUCAAAAACUAUGGAGAACGCUGGUUGCAAACACGGUGCUGUUCACCAGUGUCAAUCUGUCAGGGCUAUUUGUCCGCAUCCUGACUGAGCGAGCUCAGAGAAAGGCCUUCCUGCAGGCUCGAAACUGCAUUGAAGAACGACUCCGAAUGGAGGACGAGAACGAAAAACAGGAGCGCCUGCUAAUGAGUCUGUUGCCCAGGAACGUAGCUAUGGAGAUGAAAGAGGAUUUCCUGAAGCCCCCUGAAAGGAUCUUUCACAAAAUCUACAUCCAGCGUCAUGACAAUGUCAGCAUCCUGUUUGCAGAUAUAGUUGGUUUCACCAGCCUGGCGUCUCAGUGCACAGCUCAGGAACUGGUUAAGCUGCUAAAUGAGCUGUUUGGAAAGUUCGAUGAGCUUGCCACGGAGAACCAUUGUCGCAGGAUUAAGAUCCUGGGGGAUUGUUACUACUGCGUGUCAGGACUGACUCAACCCAAGACCGACCACGCUCACUGCUGUGUCGAAAUGGGUUUGGACAUGAUCGACACCAUAACGUCAGUUGCAGAGGCAACAGAAGUCAAUCUUAACAUGCGUGUGGGUCUGCACACUGGUCGAGUGCUGUGCGGCGUGCUGGGCCUCAGGAAAUGGCAGUAUGACGUCUGGUCAAACGACGUGACGUUGGCCAAUGUGAUGGAAGCUGGAGGACUACCAGGGAAAGUUCACAUCACCAGAUCAACACUCGAGUGCCUAAAUGGAGACUAUGAGGUGGAGCCUGGAAAUGGCCAUGAAAGGAACGCCUUUCUCCAAAAGCAUGAAAUAGAAACUUUCUUUAUUGUGCCAUCUCACCGACGGAAGAUAUUCCCAGGAUUGAUUCUUUCGGAUAUAAAGCCUGCCAAAAAGAUGAAGUUCAAAACCGUUUGCUACUUACUGGUGCAGCUCAUGCACUGCAGGAAGAUGUUCAAGGCUGAGAUUCCUUUCUCCAACGUCAUGAACUGCGAGGAUGGCGAUAAGCGGAGGGCCAUGCGAACAGCUCCACAAAAGCUGAGGAACCGCUCCAAUGCUAACCAGGCUAACCUGAUCCAGAGCAGCCCCAGAACCAGGGUCAACCGCUACAUUGGCCGGCUGAUCGAAGCCCGCCAGACAGAGUCCGACACAGCAGACCUCAACUUCCUCACACUCAUGUAUAAGUGCUCUGAGCGCGAACAGAGGUACCACCAGGUUCCUGAUGAGUACUUCACCAGCGCGGUUGUUGUCUCUCUGAUCCUAGCGGCCUUGUUUGGAAUCAUUUACCUUCUCAUCAUACCACAGGGCACGGUUGUACUUGUCCUCCUCGUCUUCUGCAUCUGUUUCCUUGUAGCUUGUAUUAUGUACCUGCAUAUCACUAGAGUUCAGUGUUUUCCAGGGUGCCUGACCAUUCAGAUUCGAACCGCUCUCUGUAUUCUUAUAGUGCUUUUAAUCUAUGCUGUGGCCCAAGCCUGUGUUGUGGGCUGUAUGCCCUGGAUGUGGAGAAGUGCCAAUACUAACAGCUCCAUCGUCAUCAUCGAUGUGGACAGUGGAACCAACCACACCAUGGUGGAGCUGCCCUGUGACGGGGCCCGCUACGCCUUUCUCUCUUGCGUAGUGGGCACCCUCACCUUGGCGCUUUUCCUGCGCGUCUCCUGGUUGCCAAAGAUGGCGCUGAUGCUCCUUUUGGGGGUUCUGUACAUCACUGUGCUGGAGCUCAGCGGCUUUCGCAAGACUGCAGGUGGGCGGUCCUUCCACAUCCGGGGCUACGAGCCCAUCCUGUCUCUUUUGCUCUUUGUCAGUGCCCUGGCCCUCCACUCCAGGCAACUUGACCUCAAGCUGCGCUUGGACUUCCUUUGGGCUGUGCAGGCAGAGGAGGAACGAGAUGGGAUGGAGAAGGUGAAGUUGGACAACAGGAGAAUCCUCUUCAACCUACUGCCUGCCCACGUGGCUCAGCACUUCUUAAUGUCAAACCCCAGAAACAUGGUGAGCCAUGCUAAUAAACAAGCAUGCAGGCAGACUGACCAACAGGAUCUGUACUAUCAGUCCUACGCCCAAGUCGGUGUCCUGUUUGCCUCCAUUCCGAACUUCAAUGAUUUCUACAUUGAACUGGAUGGCAACAAUAUGGGAGUGGAGUGCCUGAGGCUGCUGAAUGAAAUCAUUGCUGACUUUGAUGAGCUCAUGGACAAGGAGUGCUACAAAGACAUUGAGAAAAUCAAAACUAUUGGCAGUACAUACAUGGCAGCGGUGGGGCUCGUCCCCACCGUUGGCACCAAGGCAAAAAAAUCGGUUUAUGACCAUCUGAGCACAAUCGCAGACUACGCCAUAGAAAUGUUUGAUGUGUUGGACGAAAUCAACUACCAGUCGUACAACGAAUUUGUCCUCAGAGUGGGUAUCAACGUCGGUCCGGUAGUUGCAGGGGUGAUCGGAGCGCGACGGCCGCAGUAUGACAUCUGGGGCAACACGGUGAACGUGGCCAGUCGGAUGGACAGUACCGGUGUACCAGGAAAAAUCCAGGUGACCGAGGAGGUUUAUCGUAUGCUGAAUUGCAACUACGACUUGGUCUGCCGUGGCAAAGUCAGUGUAAAAGGUAAAGGUGAAAUGCUUACAUACUUUCUGGAAGGCAAAGUGCAGGGCAUCGGCACUGCAACCACGUCGUCAGUGAUGCGUUCCACCAGCCUGGCACGCCGUAUCCAUUCCUGUGGCAAGACGAGCGUGCCGACCCAUCUGGGCAGCGUCUCCUCCGCCGCCAGCCUGGCCGCUCAGGCCAGCAUGGGUGGCAACCUUCAGACAAGCACUGCCAACAUCAGCAACAGCCAAGCGGCAUGCCUCCCCUCGCCCUGCAUGCCUAGGCUGGGCGAGGUGGAAGACAAGAAGGACGCAGAGGUGACAGAGAUCCAAAUCGAGGCCGUGGCAGCUAUUGCGGACGUAGCAGUGUAGGUGGGGCGGCGGGGGCGAUUCAAACGCGGCAGGAGAACCUGGAGGAGUCAGGGCUGCCCAGGAGUUCCUCGCACAUCCUGAGACGCUGGCACAACGCUGGAUGCUUUUCGGUCGGGACACAAACUUCCUGAGGAAUUAAAAGCUAAAACUGACAAUCACACUUGCUUUCAGAGAUUUUCUUAACUGUGUGGCUGUUUUCAGAGUUGAGAUGUAAAGGGAAGAAAGAUGCACCCAGCAUCUCAAUUCUCUCUGAACAUCGCUAUAACAGAUGAUUACAUUUGUGGUGUUCUCGAGGUUCCUGUGCAGGUAUAUCCAGGUAACAUGUGCAACCUUGUUUUAUAUGAAGUGUAUAUUUCCAUGUACAAGGAAUAUGUAUAUUGAUACCCUGAAAAAAAAGACUGAUCAUGCAUUUGCUUUUGCACUGUCUUUCUGAUUAUGCCAAGGAUAUAUUGCAUUAUUUACAGACAAAAAAAAAACAGUUUAUUUAUAUUUUGGUGUAUGAAGGCAUGCAUGUUAAUAAUUAUAAGUGUGUGUAUGCAUGUGUGUUCAGUUUUGAAUUGUAACAAAACAGCACAAAAUCCUUUUUUAUAUUCACCUCUCAUCAGAUGAAGUUGGCUUUUUAGGAAUUGUGACAGUUUGUGCAUGACUUUUUAAAAGUUGAGAGCCAUAAGUAAUGAUACUCUUCUCGAGAGGAAAAAACCAAAGGAAUGAUUUUGAGUUUUACAAAUUCCACUGAAGGGUGAUCUUGCACUUGUUACUUUUAGAGAUUCUUAACCGAUUUCAAAAGUGUCUUGUCUUGACAUCACCCUGAUUCACAGAGUCUAAAGAAAGUGCUAUUUGCAUACAAACAGUGUAUCUGUUUUGAUGGUUGGUAUGCACUAAAAGAGCUAAAAGGAGCGGAAAAGGUUUGUUGAAUGUUGAACGCGUGCUGCUACAGAAACUAGUUCAUGCCAAAAUUAGAUGGUUCUCUAAAUAACACCACACAACACCAAUAAGUUCCUGCAUUUGAGGCACACAUGAACAUACGGUACCUUAGGAUGUAUCCACACCCCUUGAAAGUUUCCACGUUUUGUCCCACUGCAAACACACACCUUGAUGGAUUUGAAUGGAAUUUUACAUGAGAGACUAACUCAAAAUAGAGCAUAAUUGUGAAGUGAGGGGACCAUGAUACAAGGAUUUCCUUUUCUAAAUCAAAAUAGAGUGAGGUUCCUUUGUAGUUAGCGCCCUGAGUCAAUACUUUGUAGAGCCUCCUUUUUGGUAUGUCUCAACCAGCUUUAUCUAGACUGGAAUGUUUGCCCAUUCUCUUUGCAAAAAAAAAAACAAAAAAA